CAGGUAGGUAUGCGCCAGCGCCGUCGACAAUUGGUGCGGAUGGCGGGGACCGUUAUACUGGGUUAGUCAGUCCACGCCGUUCUGCGCUUAUACACACACGCAUAUAUAUAUACACCUUCUCGGGGAGAUCAGCUGGAGCCGAAUGUCGGCGUUUCGGUUUCGUUGGCAAAGCGAUUGUUAGGAAAGUAAUUGUCUCGUGUAACUCGAAUAAGAGAGAAAUAAGGAAGAGGAGAGCGUGGUUCUGUGACGGUUGCGUGGAUUUCGCAGCGAGUUGUACACGUGGGAGGUUAGGAACUAACCUAACAUACAUACGCGACGGUUGUAGUGUGCGUUUGUUUACAUCGGAGUAUGUCGUUGUGAGGUCGUGCUUCGAAAUCGUACUUAUACCUACUGUUGUGUCGAAGAUUUGUUUUAUUGUUUGAAAAAAGUUUGGAAGCCGAUGGGAGUAAUACUUGUACUUAAGAGACAAAUGUGGUGGGAAGAUUGAUUUUGAACUGUUGUGCUUUGGUUCAGAGACUUAAAAAGUACAUUAUUGAUAUUUAAAUUGAUGGAGAUUAAGCCUCAAAAGCUUAUUUAUUUGUGAUUGCUGAAAUUUUUUCAUUUCUGAGAACUUAACAAAGGUGCUAGCAUAAAUAGUAUGCUCGACGUUGCCAAGCUGUAAAUGGACUGUAAGACUUCUUCACCACAUUUGCUGUUUUGUAAUAUGGCAGAGAUGGCAGAGAUCACACCAGAUCGUUUUUUAACACAGACAAUCAGUAGGAUGCAAAUUCACUCUUCCGACACACAACAUCAUUGGAAUCUAAAUUCUUCACCUUCAUAAAACCAUAAAAUCAUUAUGACCGACGAACAAGCGGUGGAAAUUCGCUCGAUCUUGCAAAAAGGCUUUGCUCGGGGCCUCAACUUUUCCGAGUGUCUAGCCGAGGUGCGAUCGAUUUUCCGAACAGAAUGUCCGUCUCGUGAGAGGAUCCUCGACUGGUACGAGACCGUUACCCACGAUAACGUUGAAUUGGUAAAGAAGCUCAUCGAGAAAGACCCAAAGAUGACGCGUCAGCAGAUCAAGGCGCGACUCAAAAUAGGCAGAGCCGUUGUCAGAAGUAUAUUAAGGGACCGGUUGGGAUUACGGAAGAUCAGGAACCGAUGGGUCCUUCUAGAAAGUGUGGAAGAGAAUGGAGGGGAUAAAAAUGCAGAUGUGAGUCGUGUAAAGCAGGAGAGUGAUUUUCAAAUAAAAAGUGAAGUAGAAAACGGCAAUUUAUCAGAGAGCAAAAAUGAAUUCGACAAAGAGAAUAGCGUUGCGGUGCAUAACGAUGAAGAUUUUUUUGUUAAAAAGGAAAUAGUUGACGAAGAUGUAGAGCAUCACAGUAAUGAUCUGACGUAUUUGUUCACGAGAAACGCUAUUAAAGAAGAACCCAUCGAUAUUAUUGAUGAACACAUUGAGCUCGACGCACAAACAGACCAGGAAAGUAACGAAUUUUCGGAAAGUUUAGAAAACAAAGAUGAUUUGCAAGAGAGACUCGACAAGAAAAGCUCGAAUACUGCUGUGAAAUCAGCGAUCAUUCUAACUUCGGGCAAUUGUUACACGUGCAAGCUCUGCCAAAAAUCUUACAAGCGCAGUUUUCACGCUUACCGUCACCUAUCGCGGAGCUGUCAGAUCAGCAAAAGACUAUUCAAGUGCGAUAAGUGCGGCCGUAAUUUUACAGCAAAAUACAGCCUGAAACGACACAUGCUCUUACUUCAUACAGGAACAGGGAAAUUGCCCAGGAAAAAAAUCAUCGAGGAGGAGACUAUCUGUCACAAAUGCCACAAAAGAUAUCGCGACAAGUAUGGUCUCUAUCGCCACAAGAAGUACGAGUGUGGAAAAGAGCCGCAAUUUGCUUGCGCCCACUGCGAGUACCGAAGUCGGCAAAAAAUUAAUUUGGUUAAGCACUUAGAAAAUAUUCAUGCCGAGUCGAAGAUGCCGAGGAUCAGCUGUCCGAAGUGCGACAAAUCGUACAAAUAUGAGUACAGCCUGAAGAGACAUUUGUUGUACGAGUGUGGAAAGAAACCUAUUGCUUGCGAUAGGUGUAGCUUUAGGACGAAACACAAGAGCAGCCUUGCGAGCCAUAUGCAGAACAAACACUUUAAAAAGAAAAAGAGAGCUUAAUGCAAAUUUAGUUUCGAGUCAAUUGACGAUAGGAAAAUGACUAUAGGAUUUAUGAUUUAUAUGCAGGAUAAUAGAGAUUGAAGAUAUAUUUAUACACACACUAAAUGUUAUAUGUACACAGAGCUGUUUUACUUUUUGAAGCUUUUAAUUUCAUACGUACAAACGUUAUGUAUACUAACUUUCAACUCGCUUUGACCUAUAUCUACAAACAAUAAUUCCAAUAAAUAUUUGUACAGACUCUAAA